GUGCGGUGAGAGCCAGCAAUAGUCCACGAUGCUGUAUUGCAUGUAGCCCAGGAAAAAGCCAAAAGCUACGUCGGUGACAUUGUGCCGCCCCAGCAUGACCCUGGAGAGGCCCACGAUGAAGGUCCACAGUACUGUCAGCACCCUCAGUGGAAUGGCCAGCACCAGGUGGUUCAGGAUGAACCGCGACAUCAGGGCAGCCCUGCUGGCAUGGCCCGAGGGGAAGGAGUACUUGUCCACCGAGAGGGUCACAAACAUGUCCAUUUGGUUGUGGGCCGGGCGGCGCCUACGGACCAGCGCCUUGAUCACGGUCACCAGGAGCAGGUCCAGCAGCAGGGCGAAGAGCAGGUUCAUCAGCACCUCGCGCCCGGCCCAGCUGUCGCUUCUGAACAGGCCGUAGAGGGUGCCCAGCAGCCAGGGGAUGCCGUGUCCGGAGAUCUCCAGCAGCUUCAUAAGGGGCCGCAUGCUGCCCCACGACGAGUUCUCCCCCGCGCACACCCCCAGCUUCUUGGACAGCCACAAGUCGAUGGCCAGCAGGGAGCGCAGAGCGAUGCCCAGGAAGGACGGGUUUAGGUCCAUGCGGUCAUCCUCGGGUAGCGCGGGCGGGGGCGCCUGCGAUGGCCCGGUCCCAGCCAGGGGAAAGGAGCCGCGGCGGUGCACCGGGCUCUCGGACGCGCGGAGCCGGGCGCAGAUUUCUUGCCCUGGGGUGUUCCUUCCCGGCAAGCAGGAUGUGUACCUUGCUGUUUACCUCCUGAAUCAAUACCUGGAGACAGACUGUUUUCCCUCUGUGUUCCCUAUUAUGAUUCAGCAGAACAUGAGGUUUGAAAAGGUGUUUGAAAACGCAAUAGAUCCUGGAGCUGUAGCAGACAUUUUAGAAAGCUUCCUAACCAGGUUUGAAUUAAUACAGCAAGUGCCUCCAGGGUGGGCAGAGUUGGCCUACUAUGAAGAAAACACACGGGAUUUUCUUUUCCCUGAGCCCAAGCUGACACCUUCACACCCUGGGAUGUGUAGGGAGGUGCUCAUGAAGACGGUUGCAGGUUUUCCGGGCAUUGCUCCCAAAAUAGAGUUUUCUACAAGGACAGCCAUCAGAGAAUGUGUGUUUCUGCAUAGAAACAGAUGUCUGGAAGAAAAAUAUAAGUCACGAAGGUCUUUGUCUAAUUCAUGGAGACCACCGCUCCCCUUGGAUGAUAUAAAGGUGAAGGCAAAGGAGGGCAAUCUCGACAGACCGCCUCGAGGCAUGCAAUCCCGGGCGUCCUCUCCGUAUGCCACCCGGCGUUUCUGCCAGGAUCAGCCAGCUCAACUGAACUUUGGAAAUGAUUUCAAAAUCUCUAGACAAAGCAAACCUCCAUUUGUGGUUAGACAUGUGGACAGUGCAAAGCCCUUUGGUGAGGAUGUUUCAGAGCAUCAUUCCCGGAAGUCUAGAAGAAAGUCUAAGUUUUCAAACUUUCCGUUUCCAAUGAGAAGAGCUUCUUCUUUUGACAGCCUUGCAGCUAACAUAAAGGUUGUCAAAGAGCCAGAUGAACGGAUUGUUUUAAGGAAUGAGUCACCAUCACCCUUAGAUUCGAGUAAGUUUGGAAAGCCCUCGCCCAGUUACAGUGACCAAGGGGAUGCCGAUUGCCGUCGGGAAACUUCAUUUGCCGCCUCCCAGCACUGCAGGUCUCCCAGCCCUCUUCUGGAUCAGCCCCUUCUCCGAGGAAGGUUCCAUCCUAGUUCUCAGUCUACAUGGAAGAAGAUCCAUGAAAGGGUAUGCAGUCUUCUGACAUCCCACAGAGCUCAGCAGCACCUAGACAAGGAAGAUUCUUUCUCUAAAGUAAAUUGUAUCCUUGAAAGACCCAGCUACCAUCUGAAGAAAUACCCAGUGCAUGAAAAGAGAUAUUUUUGAGCUGCUGUCUUAUGGUAAACUGAAUGAAAGCUGGAGGAGCAUCAUGAAGAACUCCCUCAUCGAGUCAACUGACACAUCCUUAGAGAGAAGGACAACAAUUUUUAUGUGUAAUGAGUCACCGGGUAUCUAAUCCCCUUUAAAUAAAACCCUGUACCUCAGUCUUUUGUAUUCAGGUAAGAGUCAUUGAUUAAAGCGUUUGCUGCUUGGGGCUCAUAUUUUCUUGUCAAGCUGGAAAAUUUGUGUUCUGGUUUGUUUGUGUGUUUGUUUUGAACUUGAAAUAGAAAAUACCAAUAGUUGAGUGGUAGAUGCUUUUUCAUUUGGAAGGCACUUAGAAUUCUAAUGAAAAUAUCAAGAUGGCUUUUCAAGUGUUCCUCAUUUUGGGCAGUGGAUGUGUUCUUGAAAAGUUCUUUUUUCUCCUCCCUCCCCUCCCCCUCCCCCCUCAAUCUCUCUCUCUUUCUUUCUAAAUCAAUUUACAUUUUACAUGAUCUAGAGGAAGCUGCUAUUUAGAGGAAUAACCCGGUAAAUCCUUCACGAAAAGACUGUCAACGUGAUUUUCUUUUUUUGGUAAAUCUAUUUUCUGUUAUUUGUUUGUUUUUUAGUGUUAGACUUGAUUUACAUGAAGUCCACCGAAAACCUAGAAAGACAGAGUAUAACAUCUGGAGAAUUCAGAUCUUGCUCUAAAGGUUCAAUUUCUAUGAUGCAUUUGUAGGAGGAGGCUGAUUUCUUUGGACUGUAGUUUAAACUCCUCCUUGUGUCACCUAGCCCUCCUUUUUUUCCUUUUUAUUAAGAAUUUAUAAAUUCUUAAUAAUUUAUAUGAGGAACAAAACCUUCCUCAAAUAUUUCUCUGAAAGAACUGCUUUAAGUAAAUAGGCUCUUCGAAUAUGGCUGUUGAAAACUGGAUUUAAAAUUAGUUAGAAGGGUACUUGUAUGAAAUGUUUACACAGCUUGAGGGAACAUGAAGAGGAUGGGGAUGCCAGGAAGGGGGACCGGGGGCACGUCAAUCUUUGUGGGUGCGGACCAGGGAAGAGCAGCCUGAGAAUGGAAACCUUCAUCUUUCCUUCAUACGGUAACCUGAGCGCUUUCCUCUACACACCCUAACACCCUUUUAGUUUUUACAAGAUUCAGUGAGAGUCAGGUUUUCUUUUCUCAUUAUGACCACAGGAAUUCGUUCAUUAGGCAAAUUAGGAAAAUGAAAUUAAAAAUUAAAGGAGAAAAAAACUCUCCAAAAACAAAAACAGUAAAACAAAACUCAUUUAUCCUUUUCUCAGAAUUUCAGCCAAAUAAAGGUAUCUAUUACCAAAAGGUUUCCAUUUUUGGAAAACAGACAACACGCUUAAAUUACAACUGCUCAUAUGUUCUCGAUAUGUCUGAAACUAUAGUUGUCAAUUUGUUAUUUUGACGUCUAAGUAGUCAUCAAAAAUAAAAAAUACUGUGUUACGUUAAGACUGUGGUACAAUUCUCAGAAAGGGGUCACUUACAACAAGGUAUACAAGCAGCUGAAGGAAAUCAUUUCUACUGAGUUGGUAUCCCAUGUAAGUUAUUGUUCAAAUAUACACUGUUACAUUCACUGUUCGGUUCUUUUGAAAUGGUUUGAGCACCUUAAUUCAGUUUAGGGAUAAGAUCUGAAGUGCCCAUUCUUAUUUAAAGCCUUUUUUUCUUUCUGCUUUUUCUCCCCAAAUCCCCGCAGUACAUAGUUGUAUAUUUUAGUUGUGGGUCCUUCUAGUUGUGGUAAAGCCUUUUUUUUUCCCCACAAAUUAAUCUACCUUUUUCUCACUUUCUGAUCUGCUAACUCUGUUGCUUAAAUUAUUCCUAUUUUACCUUUUAAUUGCUCAAGGAAUUAUUUCAGUUUUGAGGAAUCAUAUUGGAUCCAGGAUUGCAGUUGAGGUAUUUUGCUUUGGGAGUAUAUAAUAAUGUGAAUAAUUUUGUGACAUACUGGGGUUUGGAUUACUUUGGGGAGAUGUGUCAUUAAACAUAAUAAAAAUUCC